AUAGUGGCAUACUAUUUUGAUAUCCUGUGUGGUUGGGGAUCCGCGCGAAGCUUUCCGGUACUUCCUCGUGUAGCGGGAGGAUAAAGCAGUGACGUCGGCGGACUGAUUCGGUGGCAACAGCGCCGCAAAGGCGAAGAAUCUCCGGCCGAGCUGGACAGGCAGAUACGACGCGAAACACACACACACACACACACACACACACACACACACACACACACACACACAGGGAGAGCGUGAAUUGUACAUUUAUUUGAAGCAGGCAGUCUCAUAACGUAUGCUUGGGGAAACCAUGCUUUAUCGCUGAGAAAGAGAUUAGGCUGACGAUCACUCUGCAGCAGCGCAGUGCCUGGGCUUCACGUGACAGUGCGAGACUUUUAACGUCACCGUCCGUCCCGCGGUUUAUGUCUUGGAGCCGCGAGCACGCGCGCCCAUGGCCUCGAUAAACCGGGACGAGGAGCAGCGAUGGGUGCCGACGCACGUGCAGGUGCUGGUGAUUCGCGCCCGAGGGCUCCGCGCCAAGGGCAAGCACGGAACGAGCGACGCAUACACCGUGGUGCAGCUCGGCAAGGAGAAGUACUCUACAUGCGUGAUGGAGAAAAGUACCGAGCCUGAAUGGGGCGAGGAAUGCUCAUUCGAGCUGCAGCCUGGUGUGCUGGACGACAGGGGCCGCGACGGGCACCCGGCGAGUACUUGCGACCUUACCUUCACCGUCAUGCACCGCGCGCUCAUCGGCCUUGACGUGUUCCUGGGCCAGACCGUGAUCGCGCUGGAUAAGGCGUUCCAUGAGCGUGUGUGCAUGAGAAACGAAUGGUACAAGCUUCAUUCUAAAACUGGCAAAAAGGAGAAAGAAAGAGGGGACCUUCAGCUAACGGUGCAGUUUACUCGCCAUAACCUGACAGCCAGCAUGUAUGACCUCUCCAUGAAGGACAAACCUCGGUCAGCCUUCAUCAGGCUACGUGAGCGCAUGCGUGCACGGAAGCAUGGUGGGGAUGAAGAGUCCUCCUCAGCCAUCGUGCCAGGGGGUUAUGGGACAUUGGCACGCACGCGGGGCCGUCUGCCAAGUGAUGGUGGUGGAGAGGAAGACUAUGAGGAUGAUGAGGGAGGAGAGGUAAGACGAAGUAAAAUGAGGAGUUACUUCCUUCAUGGAAGGUUACGGAAGUCUUCAGACACACGUUCUAGCACGUCUCUAGGUUCUGAGAGCAGUGAGUCAUCUUCCAGAGGGGGAAGCCUUAGCCCAACUGCUGGCAUCAGUGUAGUGGUUUCGGACCUCUCCAAUUCACCCAGCAACAGCAGCAACUUGACUGCAGACAACAGUCCAGAGCACACAGUAGCCCCCUCACCACUAGUCUCCCCUGUUAGACAUGGGUUUGAUGAGGUAUGUGACCAUAGCAUCCCAGUGCCUCAUUCUCUGUCCACUGACAGUGAUGCCCCUAUUCUCCUGCCCUCUGUCUGUGUUAAUGGAAAUCCAGUAGAGACAUCUCCUCUUACUCACCAACCCCCCUCACUGGUACUUCAACAUCCUAGGCCACAGACAGAGACCCGACAAGAAUCACCACACACUCCUUGGACAAGCCCACCAAUGAAAGGCAAACCCACUCAGGCCCAAACUUCCCAGCUCUCAGAAAUCAAACCUCAACCCAGUCCUGAGGUCCAGACCAAGCAACCCAAAGUGGAGUCUAAAUCCAAGCAUGACCUGCAGUUCCCUGCAGUAGGAAUGCUGCAGAAGGGCUCUGCACUCUCUUUAUCCUUGCAGAACCUCUCUCGCCAUAAAGAGGACCAGCAGGGCGGAGGGCCUAUAGAAGGCCGCCGUUGGUCCUUUGAUAAACCAGGAGAAGAGGAGAAAGCGGCCAUAUCAGCUGCACUGGAGCAUGCUGGGUUGAUAGCCGAUGAAACAGUGGUGGAAACAGGUGUCUCUGUAAGCGAGAUAGAAGUUCAAGGCAAGAAGAAGCGAAGCUUGUUCUCACAUUCACAGCCUGAAAAAAAGGAAACUGGCAAAGCUCAGCCGGCUACAGAGGGAAGACACAGAGGCUGGUUCAGCUCUAAGGACCCAUACAGUAAACCAAGCCAACUGGUUGCACCUCAGACAGACUCCAGCUCCAACACAGCCCUUCCCCCUUUAUCCCUGUCCCCCACUGACUUCUUAGAGGGGGUGGCUUACAAACACACUAACCCCUUCACUUCCUCCUCAUUCAUCUCUCCUGCUAACCCUUUCUUUUCACUUCUGAAGCAGAAUCCAUUUUUCCAGGAGCUGCAUACUGCCACUCCUUUAACACCUGCUUUGCCCUUUCUCUGUAGCCCAGCCAUCUGUCAACCUGAAGUACCUGCCUCAAGACCUGGACACCCCUCCCCUCCUCUACAUGUAGUUGAAACUGGAAAUGCAAAGGGAGUCCUAGUGGAUGGAUCAUUACAAUAUCUUAAUUCAUUUUGCAGAACUGAUGCACCGGAUGACACUGACAAAUGUAUCCAAUGGGAUGAUUUCAUUGGUGAUAGACUGAAGCUAAACUCAAAGAUUGGGGCUCAGAAUGUGAACAUCCUCCCUUCUCCCUACCUGUCUGACCCACCUAAUCAAACACAGUGUUGUGAAGGUGAAAAAAAUAAAGUUCUAGAGGUGACCAAUGAAGGUGUAAAGGUGUCCAGUAAAGCUCUUGAAAGUGAAUGUAAUAUAACAACAGACUGCACUUUCAUUCUAGAAGCACUUCCUCAGUUUGAAGCUGAAGCAUAUUUUCUGCACUGUAGCACUCAGAAAACUGACCUCAAUAAUUUUGUUCCUCAGGACUCUUCAGAAUCUGAAUUUGACUCCUCACUGCCUGAUAACUCGAGCAUAGAUUUCUCUGAACUCAAUGCCCUAGCAUGCCCUUACCAAACACUUUUAAAUGGCACAUUUAAUAAGGACAAAGUCAGCACAGCCUCAGUCUGCCAAAUAAACAUUACACCAAAUGCAAUGUUGGUGUCAUCUGUGGUUCCUAAACCCUCAGCACCCAAUUCUGAAAUAUUAGAUUAUUUAGACCUGUUUGAAAAAUCUGAACAAGAAAUAGUCAAGUGCCUUUCCACCAAGAGGCAGACAGAUGAUUAUACUAAAUGGUCUGUAGAAAUCCAGAAUACAGUGCUGCCUUCCUGUAAUUUUGAUAUUCUGGAAGCAUAUCCUAUUGUAACCUCUGGAUCUACACACAAGGGUUGUAAUGUCCCAGAAUCAAAGUCCUCCCCAAAAGGACAGAGGAGCUCCAAAUCAGAUGAUGGUAUUGGAACAGGAGACAGAGAAUUGCAAGAGUCUGCCGUUAAAGAGGGAACAUACUUGGAUGUCCAUCCAGCAAUAUAUCCAUUGUCAAUGGAGAAAGAUAAUUCAAGUAAUCCAGGAUGUGAAUCAUUAGACAGAAGUUUUGUAGGGGAAGGUUUUGAUGGAGGUUCUUCUAUGGACUCAUGCUGUAUGUCUCUUACAAAGCAGAAAGUCAGUGAUUCACCACCUAAUAUAUCUAUAUAUGAGGUAGAUGCACCAAAUGAUAGCAGAAUGACGGUAUCUUCAGCAGUAUCUCCUAAGUACGUUCUCUCUCAUAGCCUGUAUGAAAGUGUAGAUUCUGAACAGUACCUCACCUGUAUGUCACAGAACACUUCCCUUACCAUCCCCCAGCGAUCGCCUGUGGACAGUUUUCAAGAAUCCAAACCAAAAUCUGAUUUGUACCAGGAAGUUCUCUCAACAAAUGACCAAUCUCAAAGAUCCCUGUCAGUACUGCAGCAACCCCCAGCUGAGAUUAUUCAAGAAGCUUUGCCAAGGAAUGGAGAGAUUUCUCAAUAUGGUCUUUCGAAUCCACCAGUAUCUCUUUCCUUUUUGCCAAAAUCUGUCUCAUCACAGAAUACUUUUAAAAAAUGUGACCUUACAAAAGAGGCAUUAACAGGUACAGUUACAAAUGAAUCAAUACAAAAAUGUGAUCCCCCUAUGGACACAAAAAUGAACAAUGAUUUGCUACAUGAGAGAAGUCCAGAUAUAUUUGAGAUGAUUACAACAAAGUCAGGGGAAUUUCUUUUAAAGUUAGACCCAUAUACAGUUAUGGAUAAUGAUAAUUGCUUUACUGAGCCUCUGCAGUCCAAUGUGCAAUGUGAUGGUAUUCUAGAGGACCCGGAAAUUAUCACAGAUAUUUGUCAGUCUGCUAAGAAUAUGUGUGCCUCUGAUUUUGUAUCUGAACCAACCUCUGGCAUUACUCAGGACUUGGUUACGACAGAUUUGCUCCCGGAUAACAUGUUUGUGGCCCAGCAUGCUGCGACACGUUCUGUUGGCAUGAGCCCUGUCACACUCCCUCUGCCUAGGGAGACUUGCACAAACAUGGAAUUGUAUCCGCAUUCUAUUAAAGCAUCACAAAUAAGUAAAAACAAACAAGUGGCAACUACUGCAGCUUCAGUUCCGCAAGUGGGGCACUCGGACAGUGCUACACACUGGCCUAAUAUUCAUCCACCUCUCUCCGAGCCCUCAAUUAUGGAUCAGCUGACUUCAGGGAAUGAUCUCUUGAUGAGCUCCCCCUUAUCUUUACUUAACCUUUCACCACUAGCCUCAUCUACACCACAUGUAGAAGAAGGUAUUACCAGUCUGCCACUGUCCUCCUUUCCUAUGACAUCUGCUCCAGCAAAAACAUUGCUGCAUACUACUCUGGCUACUACUACUCUUUCCCCUGCAUUUACUGCAUCAUGUGAUAGUUUUCCUCAGGAAGAACAUCAGGUAACCUGUCAUCUCAGCAGUCCACAUCCAGUGAAGCCUUUGACACCUCCAGAUGAGAAGAGGUCAGAAGGGUGGUCUAUGUUUGAGAAGCUCAAGUCCACCAUUCAUUCAGGACGAGGUCACCAAGGAGACCAGGAACAUGAGAAGAAGCUCUUGGUGGAGGGUGGAGGUUCCUACUACCAUCUAAACCACAGUGAGCUGGUGUCGCUCCUUCUGCAGCGGGAUGCUGAGCUCCAACAAGAAAGAGAGGAGUAUGAGCACCGUGGCUUGUUGCUAGAGAAGCGGGAGGUGGAGAUAAAGAAGAUGAAAGUUGUAAUUCGAGAUCUAGAGGAUUACAUUGACACUUUGCUAGUUCGCAUUAUGGAACAAACUCCUGCACUGUUGCAAGUUCGUUCCAAAAUGAAAUGACCAUAUAGUGAAUCAGCAAACAUUUCACUGUCACUUCACAAAUCUUCCACAACCCCUGGGCAGAAGUUGCAACCCUGCACUGCUACAAUGUAAAUGUAGAUUGAAGCAUUACUGAACAGGCACAGAAAUGAUAUAUUUGGCAUUCUUUGCUGUCUCAAAUGCAGUGUCUACCAAUUUGCACCCAUCCCCUUGCCUUCCUGACUCCCACAAUUGUUAUUGUUAUAAAAAUUCUGAGAAAUUUUACUUAGUUGAUGCUCACUUCCUCUAAACAGAUGUGUAAAAGAUGUGCAUCUGUCCAGCUAGUUACCAAAGCUGCCUGUCAGUCAAAGGAAAGUGUGGUCUGGAUUUUGAAAUCUUGGGUGUAGAAUCUUUGCUGCUUGAAAUAAUGUUUAUUCAUAUGUUCAAUUUUGUUCUUCCUUUCUCCUCACGUUAAUGGGACCUAUGCCAUUUAAUCUCAUAAUACUAUGCUGCUUAACCCGGCCGAUUCUAUAGAUGUUGCGUUGGGGGGAUAUAUAACUGCAAAAAAAAAAAAAAAAAAAGCAGAAUUGGUCAGUUCACAUCAGCUUGUGCCUCAUGUCAUGUCUUCCGCACUUUAAGCAUAAGAGUAGAGGCACACACUAAAAUAGUGUUUCCCCAGCCCGUCUUUGCCAACCAGUCCCACUCCCAUCCUGCUCGAGCUAACAUGCACACAUUGCUGCCAGUGCUUUCAGGUGUAAUGAACAGGAUAUAUACUGUUACUGCUUAUAUGCCACUCUGGUGAAAUGCCAAAUGCUGCCUUAUCAUAUGUCUCUAUUCUGUUAUUGUUGAAACCAUCACUUUUCAGCUCUACAUUUUAUCUUGAAGUGGGACUGUAAGGGACUGUGGGUUCAUACCUGGUUACCAACAGACUGUUAAAUCAGGUAAUGUCAUAGGCUAUUACUGCCUCAAGUGUUGAGCGAUGAACAAACAGUACUGUCACAAGGAUGUGGAUGGUUAUGAAAUACCAAAUGCCAAAGGUUGCUGUAAUUCAGUGUCACAGUAUUCCCAGUGCAGCCAUGGAUCCGGUCUGUGUUGAUGUGCCUGCAUUGUUACCCUGAUGUUGCCACUAUCAGUGUUUUUUGCAGUGUAAUACCCUCUGUAGUUGUGUGGUAGCGGCCUGUGUAACAGCACUUUCUAACCACACAUCCACUUAAUAAAACGGUUCUUCCUCAAAAGCAUAAGUACGGAGUAAACACAAAUAACACACAUACAUAUACAUUUACACUGCACUAGCUCAUUCUCUGAACCUAAGAUCUUUGCAGUAUUCCUGUGCUUACUGUAAUUCUUAUAGUCCAGCUAAGCUAGAAAAUCAGAGAUCAAUAUAUUACACAUAACUUGUCAAAACAAUUAGAAGCACUUAAGGUUUUGCCUCUUACUGAAUUAUGAACUCUAGGUCCUAGGUUGUGAUUGAUGUAUAAAUGGAGUGACUUGGACUGUGUCGUUUUAAUUGACUCAUGGAAUAUUAAUGUCAGUCAGAGACUAAAGUUUACAAUUCUUAAUAAACCUGUUGUUUUAUCUUCGUAUGGCCUUUUUUAAAGGUUAUAAUAUUUACGCUUUCUUUUCUUUCUAGUAGUUUACUCUUUCACAGUGGUUACUCUAAACUAUAAAGUUCUGUUAUCAAAGUUUUUUCUGUUAAAUGUUGACCCAAAAGUGAACAUUUAACAGAAAAAACUGCCUUUUAUUUUUACACCCUGUUUGAGAAUAUGCUGUUCUAUGACUGUGUUCGUUAUUUAGAAGUCUUAUAAUGUAGGAAGCAAUAGUGCAGAUUGCUAGAGAACUGUGAAAAGCCAGAUGCCACCUGCAGUGCAGUUAGGAAGUACAAGUGCCCUUGACUUAAUGAUAUGUUGAAGAACGUGUCAGUAGAAUGAACAUGGAAAUAAUUAUUUGUAUUGUUAAUUUGUUAAUCUGAGCUGCAUUUCUGUAGCAAAACCUCUGGUAUAUUUGUUUGGAAAUAAAAACAAUUAUUUGUGUUAA